GAGCAGUGGUGGCUUAGAAGGCAGGCCAAAAAGGGAAUACAACUGUUCUUUUGUCGACGCCCUCCUUCUUUUUCGACUUGUUCCCUCCUCUUCGGGUGCCGCCCGCGACCCUCGUGUUCUACAUUCUCGGCUAUUUCGAGAUCAAGUCACACGGUCAUCGGCGUCGAGGCCUCGGCAAUCGACGUUCUACACCGACACAGCAUUUCGGGGCUUGCAUGGUCCACGGCGCACCCUCCAUCGUAUAUCACACCGCACAGCAAGCCGACUGGGCCGUGGGCGUCUAUCGCUUGCAUGAAGGCGCACCCAACAUGCCACAUUUUCUUAUCUUCGUGUCGGCGACGGGCUGGGUCAUCCCCAAUACAACUUAGCCAUGUGCCUGGUGGAGCCUCCAUGGGGCUGUUUGGGGGCGGCUGGUGUGCAGAGAUCCUGGGGAGGAUCAUGGAACCCUGCAUGAGGUGAUCCGCUUCCAUCACCAACUUGGGCACACUUUGAGAAUGUUGGCUGCAAGUGCACACAUCAUCGGCUACGGGAGGAGGUCUCCGUGAAGUUAUCGGGGGCCACACGUGGACACUGUUCCCUUACCCGACUCGACCACCAUCUUCGGAUCGCGCCUCAUCAGGAAGCGGCCGUUCCACCCGGCGGAUACCUUGACCUCGCCAGGGGUGGGGGAUGACUGGUUCGUGGGGCACUGCCCUUCAGGCACACCACCUUUCGAUUGACUGCCUGAUUACACAGUCAGGAAUGAGGCGAUGCUAUCAGGAAGCCCCGGCAAGCAUGACUCCUUUGUGAGGCUCACGUUGGUGACUGGAGGGUGUGGGUGGCUGUCGUCCAACUAGAUGGAUGGUCAUGGCCUCGUCCUUAAAUACGGGAGGGUGUUCAUGGUCAUGCUGAGCUUCGAGUGAAGUCAAAUAAAUCCUCCUCAGCACUCUAAAUCAUAUUGACAGCCUCAACAUCAUUGUUUUCACUGAGUAAUAAACAAGAAUUGUUGCUCAAGUGGCAAGACUUCAAGUCUAUCUUUGUUGCAUCUAUCAUCUGUGUUACAAUGGCGAACCUUCUAGUGCUCACUCGGAAGGUUGAAGGCUUCGAUCUCGCAUCAAGGUCUGCCGCCACCGGUGUCAUUCUGUUAAUCCUCUUUGUCUUGUACCUAUCGGUCACGAGGUUCAUCACUUGGCGUCGACUUUCGGCCUUUCCCGGGCCCUUCCUCGCAUCCAUAUCAUAUUUUCCCAUGCUGCGGAUCCGUCGCUCCGGAAGAUCGCAUCUCGAGUACUUUGAACUCUCCAAGCAGUACGGUUCCCUGGUCAGAAUUGGUCCCAAUGACCUCCUCGCAUCCAGCCCAGACCAUCUUCGCCGAAUGUCGGCGGCACGGUCAACCUACCAGCGUAGCAGCUGGUACAAGGCCACCAGACUCGACCCGUACCAUGACAUGAUGGGAAGCGUCAUGGACAAACAAGCUCACAUGUCCCUGCGGUCCAAAGUCGCUGCUGGGUACAUGGGAAAGGACAACCCUCGUCUCGAGUCAGAUAUCAACUCCCAGGUCCAGUCGUUGGUCAGCUUGAUCAAGCGCGAGUAUCUGUCAGACGAGACAGCCAAGCCAGUCGACUUCGGCAGACUGGCAGACUAUUACGCACACGACUCCAAGUCCAAGCUUGCUUUUGGUAAACCAUUGGGCCUUCUGGAAACAAACAAGGACGUUCGCGGUAUCAUUGCCAUUGUCAAGAUUGCUUUGGAGUGGAUUCAAGUUUUCACGGACAUACCACCUCUGCAGAAGAUCUUCCUCUCCAACACGGUACUCAAGCUUCUAGGCCCUAAGCCUACAGACAGUUGGGGUGUUGGGUACCUCAUGGGAAUGGCCCGGGAAUUGGUUGCAAGUCGUCUCGGACCAGAUGCAAAAGACCAACAAGAUCUUUUGGGGUCGUUCCUGAAGCACGGAUUGGACAGGCGCUCGGCAGAGUCCGAGGUCAUGUUCCCAAUUAUUGCAGGCUCAGACACGACUGCCAAUGCGAUCAAAAUGACGGUAUCACACAUUGCCUCUAACCCAAGAGUCGCCCUCACGCUCAAGAAGGAGAUCGAUCAGGCCAUUGCCGACGGCGCAAUCUCCAAACCUUCCACAAACGAGGAGGCCGCAAAGCUGCCAUACCUGCAAGCCGUCAUCUAUGAGGGCCUCAGGAUCAACCCUCCGUUUGGAGGGCUCAUCAUGAAGCAGGUUGGUCCCGAUGGCGACACCUUCAACGGCCAAUUCAUCCCUCCGGGAACAAGGAUCGGACACAGCACCUGGGCCGUGGCACACGAGGUGUCCGUCUUCGGCGCCGACUCCAACAUCUUCAGGCCGGAGCGCUGGACAGAGGCCGAUGAGAAGACAAGAGCCAUCAUGAAGAAGCAGACAGACCUCGUGUUUGGCACCGGGAGAUGGGGAUGCCCUGGAAAAACUGUCGCUUUUAUCGAAUUGAACAAAGUCCUUGUUGAGCUAUUUCGAAACUUUGACUUCCAGUUCAUCAACGAACCUUCUUCGCAGAAGAAGUACCAAAAGCUCUUCAUGGGUGGUUCAUUGCCUAUGAGCGUCAUGAGCAGAACUACUUAAUAAGUUGCAUUUGCGUUGUGUUACCUGUCGAGGUCAUGGGAGUUCAGUUUGAGUUCGCGACUUCUGUCUCCCGGCGGCACACCAUAACUUUGUAUUUAUCUUGGCUCCAUGAGAAGGCAGGGUUGCAGUUCUCAUUUCAUAAGCAUAGGCGUUGGGGCAAGUUUCUCUUUUUGUACCACUGAUACCCUUCUGGCUGGACCGCAACCAG